AAGACGACGCUGGACACCUGAUGGACAUCCCACCUCGUGGACUCUUCAGGGUAUCGUCUGUGCAGUUCCAUAAAGCCGACCGGCCCUGCCUGAAUCGUCACAGCUCCAGUAGCGGGGCGCUCUUUAACCCCUCACACAGCCACGCUGCCGUCUCACGCAUGACUGGCCCGGUCCUUUCCACCUGCAGCACCCCCUCCAGCCACCGGAGACCGCUGGUGCCCAUCCAGCAGCAGCACCACCAGGGCUCCAGCUCGGUGGGCAUGCUGAGGAGAAGCCGAACGCUGCACCACCGGCCCCCGCCACAGGAGUACCGCCGCCGUGCCAGUCACCCAGCCUCCCCCUCCUACUGUGCCGCGACCAUGCACCACUGCGGAGGUGUUGUACCGCACAACGUCCUUCCAGGCCUGCCGGAGGAGGGCCAGCUGCUAGCAGGUGUUAUGGCCUCUCACCCUGCAGGCAUGACCCUCUCACCCCAGCAACACCCCGCCGCUCUGGGGCACAUGAUGGGAGCCAACACCCACGAACGAUGCUAUGACAACGGCUCCAACGGGCAGAUCGCGCACCACGACUGGUGGCACUCGCAAGAACGAGGCCUGAUGCCCGAGCCGGUGAUGACGGAGAGAGAGAGGGAGAUGGAGAUAGAGAGAGAGCUGGAACAACAAAGACAAAUGCAAAAAGAGAAAGAGAUGGAGAGGGAGAGAGAAACAAAGAUUCAGGAGGAGAUGGAACGAGAGAGACAGCUUGAGUUGGAGAGAAGCCGGACCAGGGAGCAGCAGCACCACCAGAGUGUGGUCCACCCUCCUCAGGCCGGAGACGUCAACGACACCUGGCCGAAGCCUGCCAGCCGCCAGGCUCACGGAGGCAGCGGGGGGAGAGGUCUUUACAGCACCCUGGAAGGCCAUACUGGGAACGCUGGAUGGGAUGCAAACAUGGGACAAAUGGUUCCAAGUUCAAACCCUAAUCCCAGUUCUGGUCUGCAGCCUAAAGCCGCACCGAGCUCUAAACCCAACCCACCCUCACGGAUCUCCAGGAGCCAGCUGCUUCGGGACCGCGCCUCUCAACUGGCAGAUGAACGCAGCGGCAUGAGCACAGACGAGGAGACCAACACCGACAUGCUCUUGGGUCGGUACUGGAGCCGAACGGAGCGGAGGGAACAUUUCCUUUUGGCCCGAGAGCAGAGGCAGCAGCAGCUGCAGGCCAGAGGAGGGCCUGGAAGGGACGCCACCAACAGGGUGGCGGCUAUCGCAGGAGGGGGAGCGUCUGUUGGAGACGGAGGUGGACUGGACAGCAGAGGAGUGGGAGCUUUUGCAGAGGGACGAUGCAACACGGUUCUGGAGUUGAGUCAGAGGAAGCUAAGUCGUUUGAGGAACAGAAAGCUGUUGGAUGACUGGACAACCGUAGAGGAGCUGCUGACUCAUGGGACCAGGCUGAACAACACCGAGGACCUGCUGUGUCCCAGCUCCCUGCUGACGGUCACCACCGUCUAACUGCAUGGGCACCUAUCUAACGAACUCUGAGUAAGUGUGUGUGUGUGUGUGUGUGUGUGUGUGUGUGUGUGUGUGUG